AUGCCAGACAUCGACCCCGCGGCUUUGAGCCGUCCAUCUGUCAGCCUCUCGACGCCUAUUUUAUCCAACAAGACACUUGCUGGGACUAUCUCUGGUGCGCCAAAGAUAGCAAAGUCUAGUCAGAUCAUUCCCGCCCGAAUUGAUCUCGAACCGCUGUAUACUGCGCUCAAGGCUGCCAUUGGCAACGAGAAAUGGGCAAUAUAUAAAGAAUCAACGACCGAGUUCCUGAUAGGACGCUUAAAUCAGACCGAAUAUUCUGAACGAAUAGACCCUAUCCUCGCAGGCCCAGGGGACAAGGAACACCUACACAAUAAUCUCAUUGCUGCCAUAUACGGAAAUGUUACUCGGGAGAUGCCCGAUCAAGGGCUGGCACCCUGGGUCAGCGCCAACGAUAAGCCUGCGGCGACGACAGGGACCAAGCCAGUAUCCGGGGAUGCUACGGAGCGGAGGUUGAAGGGAGAUGUAAUGCAAUUGCCAACCCGAGACCGCAGGCGCAUCAAAGAUUUGGUCCAGAACGAUGUCAGUGUCUCCAUGCCGCCUCGUAUCCAACUGCUGACCAGUAACAAGUGGGAUCCUCAUGAGAGCAUAUCCAACAUCUUUGCAGACACACGUCGCAAACUUUCUACAGUAACAGAUGCCACCCCGACAGUAGGAGGCAUAAACAACAUGAAUUUCGACUUAGAAAUUCGAAAACGUUAUGCUCAACCUUUGGCGGUCGAAUCUGGCGAAUUCCCUGAUAUCAAUAUGAUCUCCGGCCGAAUGCUACCCUCUUGCUACGAGGCAGGACUGGUCAAUGGGCACACAGUGGAUGCUCCCCAGUUUCUGUCGGUGGCUGUGGAAACUUUUAUCAAGGAGGUCCUUACGCAGGUCUUCAGCCGCACGAGGAGUAAUGGGCCUGGCGAAUCAGGUAGUGCUGGGUUUGGCGUCGGGACGACAUGGAUUCAAACGCAGAAGUACAAGCGACAGCUGGAAUACGAAGAAGAAGCAGCGAUACGAGGCGAAAUCUCCAGAGACAAGAGCGGGCUUUUGCCGAUUGAAUCCAGGGCUGCGAGCGAAAGAGGCCCUUUGGGGAUGUCCGAUCUUCGUCUGUCCUUAGAGAUGGCGGACACAGGCAUGGCACAGUUCCCUGUGUUGAUGACACAGGUUAUAUACGGAUACCGGGAAGGGGAGCUGGAGAAUUGGGAUGACUAUACCUGGGUGUGUGAUCAACCACCUGAAGCCUAUACAGACGAGAAACAUGAUUCAGAGGCAAACGGAGGACAUGUUUUUGAGCUUGCGAAUGGUUACCCUGAUGCCAUGGAUAUAGACACGGAAGCAUGGUGGGAAGGUGCGGAAAGUCAGGAUGCCGAUAUGCUGGAUGGCAUAUUGGACUCGUGCCUUGCGGCAGGGUCUUGA